AUGCACCUCACGCCUUCGUCUCUUCGAGCCAGAGUUCGGUUCACCUCCAAGCUCCGCCGACUCCUCCUCCUCGUCGCCUGGCCCGUCGAGGAAGUGGUUAAGCAUCGGGCUGUUGACUGGACCAGGACACAGGCAGUUGAAGCGGAUGGACUCCCGGGCGUGGACUAUAGCCAGCUCCCUGGUCAUGGCGGCGACGGCGCCUUUGCUGGAGGUGUAAGCCAGCUGGGCUAUGGCGCUGCCGAUAGGUCCGGCGACGGAGCCGAGGUUGACCACGCUGCCGCGCGGCUUGGCGUGGCGGCGCAUGGCCAGCACCGCGUAUCGGCGGCCCAGCCAGGUGCCGAGGACGUUGACGAGGCGGCACGUGUCGAGGUGAUGGCGUCGCCGUCCGCCGACGUCGGGAACACACCGGCGUUGUUGACCACUACGUCCGGCCCGCCCAGGGGGUCCAGCUGGCUGAACAGAUCGGCCAUUGACCCAUCGUCCGACACGUUGCAGGCGUGGAAGAUGAAGGUGCUGUCAGGGAAGGCCCCGUUGCGGGCUAGUGCGCAGCGGAGCGCAUCUAGGGCGCACUGCGAUACGUCCGAAAGGAGGAGGGUGGAGGCGCCGCUUUUGGCGAACAGGAUCGCCGUCUGA